UAUCUUUUUUUCUCCCCAUUAUUAUCUUUUGCAAGUCCCCAUUAGCUUCCAUUUGGAGGUGUAACUAAUUUCUGAUAGAUUAAUACAACAACCUUCGAAUCAAGUGAUAUUAACGUUUUACAUGAAUUGACAAAUAGCUCACGGCCAUGGAAGCUCCACGAUAUCACAUACAUAACUCCGAAACCGCCAUUUCCAUAUCCUCCAAAUUAACCCAAUUUUCUCUCAGACACCAAAAUCCACCGUAGCUAAAAAAAAUGGAUCACUACAAAAUAUUAGGGUUAACACGAAGCGCGAACAAAGAAGAAAUUAAACAAGCGUUUCGUAAAUUAGCAAUGGAAUUUCACCCUGAUAAACACGCACAUUCUUCGAAUCAAUUAAAGGAAAACGCUACACUCAAAUUCAAACAAGUUUCUGAAGCUUACGAGACUCUGAUCGAUGAUCGCAAACGCGCUGAUUAUAACAUCCGUUAUAAUAAUAGUUACCGCAAUUCUGGGAGUAAUUACCGCGGUAAUAGUGAUUAUUAUUAUUACCGUAAUAAUAAUAAUUAUCAGAACAGUUAUAAUAGGAAUAAUUAUAGUUAUGGAGGUUCAGCUAGCAUUGUUACCAAAUUUGAGAUGGUUUUACGGUACAUGACAACAAGGGCGUUUCUCCUUAAUGCUGCUCUUGCUGGUGUAUUGCUAGGUGCAACAUAUGUAGUUGAUGCAGGUGGGGAGGCACUAUGGAAGAUGCAAAAUUCUGGGAAAUCGUUUGAAGAAGCAGUGGAAUCUGUAGAAAAAGCUAAAGCAUUUGAUGACAAAAGAUGAAGGGGUUCUGCUGUAUAGUUGUUUGCUUUUGCCGAUGUGUUCGAAAUUGCUCCUGGACACCCUGCGUCAUACCUUCUGAGACGGAAUAUAAGCUAUUGCAAUUUGCAAAUGGCUGAGCUGAGAUCUUCAGUUGCAAUCAGAAUUGCUCAAACUUGUGACAAAAACAGAAGGGACAGAUAGAAGGAAUUUGCUAAGGGAGUAGAGCAUCGAUGCAUCCUUGUAUAAAAGAAACAAAUUGUAUUGAGUUGCAUUGCUAUUCUUGUAUCGUGUAAUACUAUAAUAAUGGUAACUAAAUAAAACGUGUGCAUAGAUGUAGUCAAAUAGUAUAAUA